CAAACACGGCUCUACGUGGACCACAGACCCGGCAGAAGAAACAGAAGAACAGAGAAACGUGUGAGUUUGACAACACAAAUAACAAAUGACUUUAUGUUCUCACAGUACAUCCAGCUCUAUUACUUCAAAAGAUCAACGUACAUUAAAUUAAAGAAUGAGCACACGGAAUGUUGGAUACGAGACUCCGCCCAUCUGUGACCUUUUGACCCUCCUGCUAACGAACCGUCGACCCUCCAGCGCUUAUAAUGAAGUCUGGCCCAACAUCUACAUCAGUGAUGCUGCGACAGCGAAAGACAAGACACUUCUAAGACAUCUAGUCACUCACAUCGUCAACGCCGCACACGGACCCGCUCACAUCGACACCGGAGCCGGUUUCUACACAGACACAAACAUAGAGUAUCACGGCGUGGAGGCACCAGACAGCAGACACUUUGACAUCGCACCGUUCUUCCUCCCAACAGCCAGUUUCAUUCAUGAAGCUCUGUCUCAGCAGAGAGAGGGGAAGGUCUUGGUUCAUUGUGCCAGAGGCGUGAGUCGUUCAGCGACACUAGUUCUGGCGUAUCUGAUGAUAUACGAAAAACUCACCAUCGCAGACGCCGUCAGUGUAGUUUGUGCCCACAGGAACAUUUUACCCAACGCUGGAUUCCUUCAACAGCUCCGUCAGCUGGACUCUAGCCUCAAUCUGCAGAGAAGAGAUCAGAUCUAUUAGUAUAAACAAAGAGGAAUCUUUAAUAACUCAUUUAAAGGAAUGAAUCACCCGAAAAUGAAAAUUUUCUGAAAAUGAGCUCAAGUUUGAGUUUGUUUCCUCAUUGGAACAGAUUUGGAGAAAUCAUGUUACAUCAGUAGAUGCUCUGCAGUGAAUGGGUGCCGUCGGAAUGAUAGUCCAAACAGCUGAUAAAAAUAAUCCAUAAAUAAUCCACACCACUUCCGUACAUCAAUUAACAAGUCAAUAUUCAAAACAAUGCUUCUUUAAUCAAAAUACAUAAAGAUAUUCGUUCAGGACUGUUUAUACAGUAGCUUGAUCUGUGCAGAUUUCUCUCCUGAUUCAAAACUAUUUUUUUUACUUGACAAAGCAAUAUUAUGGACAAGAAAAACACACACUAAGUGAUAUUUAUUCCAAUAGAGACAAAUACAUUAUUUCUAAUUAAUCCUGGAAAUUGUGUACGAGGUGUCCCAUUUUGGUGUCUUGUCUUUGUGCAAGAGUUUAGUACUAUAUGCAAAAAAAUCACAUGCAACAGCUUUAAAAAUAUAU